AUGGACUACGAAUCCCUCACAGUGCUCCAAGCUUUCCGAAGAUGGCCAAGGAUAUCGAUAUACUCGUUCUGCCUCGCGCUCAACAUUCUCCUCUGGGGGUUUGACACAGGCAUUGUUGGUGGAAUGACAAGCUUGUCCGCUUUCCGCAAAGAGUUUGGCGAGAAGGGACCGGUUGGCGCUGAGACCGAAUACAUCAUCCCAGCCAUGUGGCUAGCCCUCUGGGCCAUGGCCUUUCCUCUCGGUACAAUGACUGGCGCUGUGACCGGUGCCUGGAUCCAAGAUCGUACCGGACGCAAGUCUACACUUGGUCUGGGCUGCUUGCUCUCACUGGGCGCUAUCACGAUCGCCUACCUCUCCGACCAGACGGCGAACCCGACAGCCACCUACUGGGCGGCUAAAUUCACCCAGGGUAUCGCCGUCGGCGUGCUCAUGGCCAGUACGCAGACCUACCUAGCAGAAGUCGUGCCAGCUCGACUCCGUGGUCCCAUCAUGGCGCUUUUCCCAGCGUUUCAACUGCUCGGUCAGCUCGUCGCGGCAGUGGUCAUCAUGGCCCGAGGCAGCGUGAAGGGCCCGAGCUCAUACCGCAUUGCGAUUGCCUCCGAAUAUCCGUUGUCCAUCAUACCUCUCGUCCUUACCAUCGUACUACCAGAAUCCCCUGUCUGGCUUCUUCGCAAGGGCAAGAUGGCCGCUGCACAGAAUUCCUUCCGCAAAUUACACGGCGCCAAAGUUGCGGCAGCACAUCAGGACCUCUUCGAGGAGAUGAAUAAGGCUAUCUCGGAAGAACGCUGGGCCUCGAACGACCGCGGUGCAUCUUACAUGGAAUGCUUCCGCGGGACGAACUUGAGGCGGACGAUGAUUGUGGUCUUCUCAAAUGGCAUGUCCGAAAUCAUGGGCUUCAACAUCCUCGGCAGUGUCAGUUACUUCCUCCAGUUGCUCGGUCUACCGGACAUGGCCAGUCUGAUUGUUGCCAUUAUUGGGAUCUUGCUCGGUCUAUCAGCGAACAUCGGAUCGUUCUGGACUCUGCUGAAGUUCGGAAGACGGCCUCUGAUCCUCUACACUCUUGGGCUCACGAGCCUGCUGUGGCUUAGUGUUGGCAUCGCGGGUUGCUUCAAGGGCAUUGCUGUUGCUUGGUACGCAGUGGGAGCCAUGAUGGCAGUUGUCGUUACUGUCGGUAUUGGCUGCUGGCCAGCAUCCUUCGUCGUCGCGGCAGAGACCUCGUCCCUCACCCUCCGUUCGAAAACUUCCGGCAUCGGCUGGUUCCUCGGAGGCAUCAUCCAAGGCGGCUUCGGCUGCGGGACGCCGUUCCUCUACAACCCCGAUGCAGCAGACCUCGGCGGCAAAACUGCUUUCGUCUUCGCCGGCACAUCCGCUGUCGGCGUCCUCAUCACCUGGUUCUUCAUUCCAGAGCUGAAGGGAAAGAGCGCUAUUGAGAUCGACAGGGUGUUCCAGAAGCACGGCGGUUCUGUAAAGAGGGCGAACACCUCUGGAUUCGAGAGGGUGGACAGUGAGGAUGCGAAGGAGAUCCCGUUGACGCAGACUACCACGCGCUAUUCGAGGGCUGAGUCGACGGCGAGCAAUGGUAGUUACUCUGCGCCGCCAGUCCAGGCUUGGGAACCUUUGCGUAAGAGGCCGACCUUCUAG